GGUCACACGAGCAUCUAUAGCAGAUAACAGGACGCCAGCAAUCGGUAAGAGGAGCUCGCCUGCAUCUGACAGAAUCUGAAGACUGAGCAGUGGAUGGAGGCACGUGCGGUAGUAGCCGCUCGGAGCCUUCAAGAUGGCGAAGAAGGGAAAGAGCAACUCUGCAGAAAAGGCGGCUGCUAAGGCGGCUAAGAAAGCCAAGCAAGAAAAGAGCGCACAACAAAAGGCGCUUAAGAAGGAAAAGAAAACACAAACUGCCAUCUCACAGCAAAACAAUGCAAAAGGGAAGGGCAAAGGCAAAGGUAAAUCCCAGUCUAAAGCAAUCAAAGAGGACGAGGAGGAUCUCGAUGCAUUGCUUGCAAAGUUCAAGGCAGAUUGGGAGCUAGACCAUGCCGUAUUCGAAGAAAGGCAGUCGGGCGCGCCCAGCAGACGAGCAAAUGCCACCCUGACACCCUGCCCACUCGGCAACGACCUUUGGCUUUUUGGCGGAGAAUACUUUGACGGUGAAACGGCCAAUUUCUACGCCGAUCUCUAUCGCUACACGCCGUACACGGGGCCGUCGUCUUCUAAAGACUUACUCGACGAUCCUCCUUCCUUCAUCACACCGCCGCCACCUGUCACCGAAGAGCGCAGCAAGACAGAAUUAACGGAAACCAAGUCCCGGGAUAAGGGAGAGUGGCGCUCGUAUAGCUCACGCAACCAGCCCGGGCCGCGAUCGGCACACCAGAUCGUCGCUUCGCCUCAGAACGGCGGCCUUUUGUGGCUCUUUGGCGGGGAAUUUGCAAGCUCGCGAAUGACCAGCUUCCAUCAUUAUCGCGAUCUUUGGGUCUUCUCCAUCGCCACCAAAUCGUGGGACCGCAUCGACACCAAGGUCAAGCCAUCUGCACGCUCUGGCCACCGUAUGGCCAUGUGGAAAAAUUAUCUGGUCCUCUUCGGAGGAUUUAUUGAUGCUGGUGCCCGGACAACCUAUCUCAACGAUCUGUGGGUCUUCUCAAUUGAAGAUUACAAAUGGACAGAGAUCAAACAGAACGAUCUGCGCCGACCAAGCCACCGUUCGGGGUUCUCGUUCAUCCCAACAUCUGACGGGAUUGUCUUGCAUGGGGGUUACUGCAAGCGCUACGUCAAAGGACAGCGAACGCAAGGUGUAGCACUUGACGAUACCUGGUUCCUCAAGAUGGACGAGAAUGACCUCGCAAAGCUCGACUGGAUCAAGCGGCGGAAGAUUGGGUACAUCCCAAACCCGCCGCGCAGUGGCUGCACGAUGGCGCUGUGGGCGAACAAGCAGAUGGGCAUUCUCUUUGGCGGUGUGACGGAUACAGAAGCCGACGAGGAAAGCUUAGAGAGCACAUUUUGGAAUGGGCUUUAUGGCUAUCAGCUCGGCGGCACGGGGCGGUGGAUCAGCCUGAACCUGAAGAAGCCCAAGAAGAUGGGCGGGCAAGGCGGCAAAAAGAAGCGCGAGCGCGCUGUAGCUCUAGCUGCUGCUAGGGCUGCAGAGGCUGCGAAGCGCCGGGAAGAGGCGGAAGCGAGAGCGAAAGAAGAGGAAGAGGAAGCUAGACGAGGUUGGAGCGAUGAUGACGAUCAGCAUGGCAGUCAAAGCGAGAGCGAAAGUGGGAGCGAUUCCGAUAGUGACGCCGACGAGCGAGAUCUACGGAAAAACCCUGCGGGCGGGGCGGAUACUGCAUCCAGCCUCGCUACAUCGGGGCCGCCCUCGUUUGGUGUGCCAGAUGAUCCGGAGGAUGAUGAGGACGAUCCUCAGAAGAGCAUACCGCUGGAACGAUGCAACACCAUGUUGGCGGUCCAACGAAACUUGCUAUAUCUUUAUGGAGGAAUCUACGAAUCCGGCAACCGCGAAUACACGUUGGACGAUUUCUAUACGCUCGACCUUUCCAAGCUUGACCGAUUCCAUUGCCUCAAGGCUUGCCCUAUCGACACGCUCGAGUGGCACGACUCGGAAGAAGAAGACAGCAGCAGCAGCAGUGACAGCGGGAGUAGCAGCGACAACGACGAUGAGGCUCAAGGAGAUGAAGGCUUGGAAGAUCAGGAAGGUGUUGAAUAUGUCGAGGAUGUGGAUGAGGAUCUCCUUGAUCCGAACGUGGGCGAAGAUGGACUGUCGCUGGAGGAGAGGAAGCAAAUGGCCAGAGAGAAGGAAGAACUCCGUGCACAAGCAACCAAGUUCCUGGGCGUGUCGAAGGACACUUCCAGAACAGCGGAAGAUGUGCUCUCCACCCCGCUUCCUGGAGAGAGCAUCGCGCAGUUUUACGAGCGCAGCAAGGAGUACUGGUCGGCCAAGGCGUUCGAAGCGAUGAAUGGUCAGAAUCGCGGAAAAGAGUUGCGGAGAGACGCGUUUGGCUUAGCCUCCAAACGAUACGAUGAGUACAAGCCACUGCUCAAGGAGAUUGAGCAAAUCCAAGCCGAGGCUGGCUUGGACGCCCAAGAGAUGCGCAAUGCCAGCAAAGGCUCAGGCUCAGCGCUGAAUGCUGGUGUCGGAGUCGAUAGCCGCAACCGUCGAUGAUCGGUGAUCCUUUCCUCCAGCUCGUUACCUUGUAUUUCAGAGCUCUUGUAGUUCAGAGGCGAAGCAUGUAGCAAAAUUUGGUGAGCG